GGUAGACUGGUAGAUCACUCUGCUUUCCGGAGCAUCCUUGCAACGAGAACCAUUUCGAGGUUCUCAAGCACCUAUAUUGGUCACUUCCUCACUGAAUUGGACUUUGCAGUCCGUCAGUGAAACCUUAUCGCUUGGCUGCCAGCGGGCAGUAACCUCUUUGCUAUUGUCAUUCAGUAACAGCUCAUUACUAUAUCUCGCGACUAAGUCGCUAAAGUCUCACCCUUUGAAGCCUACAAGCCCUCCCUUUCUUAAGUGAAGGUAUUAUUCACGAUGAGUGGAAGCGGCGGAUUCUACAAGUACCGAUGCAAAUACUUUUAUACUCAUAACUGCCCAAAUUGGGUAUACGUUAACAAUUCCCCUUGCGCAAACUGCUGUGCGGAGGGACGAGAUGUCGACGGAGAAGUCCCCGAUAUGCCUUUGCCGAGGCACUCGCACGAUAUUUGCGUUCCUCGGGUAGAGGAUGGUGUCGUUCACUACACGCUGAUGGAACUCGUCAAUACGAAUGAGUCUGGAAACCAAUGGAUCCUAAGAUACAAAGUCAACCAGACUCAAGUUCCUACGGUGAUGACUACCAAUGCCACUCCCGGUGCCCCGAUCCCAUCAACGAGUUACUGAAAGGAGGAGACGUCUGUAUUGCCGAUGACGGCAAAGUCAAUGGCGUCAAAUAUUGAGGAUGAUCAGAUGGGACCUUCUAGUAGUUUCCAGGUUCCAGGGAUUAAGGGAGCGGAUUAAUGACAUUGGGGAAUACAUAUCCAGGACAACCGGGAUUGUGGGGCGCAGCAACCAAGUUUGCCCAGGCUCUAAUAAUGAACUGACGAUCGUAUGGCGGAAGCGGCGGCGUUUGCUGCAAAAUCGGCCUAUGAUUAGCUUCACUUGAGUAGCUGAUGAAUUGCGACUAUUUCGACGGAUGAUGGAAAUAUUCCUAAUCAAAGAUUGCGCCGAGUUCGGUCCUUAUACUAAAAAGAGCGCACAUUGCCAUGGGACGGAAGUGUACGGAAGUGUGUUGAGGGUAAAUAAUUAGUAUGGUAGUAGUUUCGAGCACUUAGGCGAGGCUAUCCCGCCUAAUGUCUGCAGAGCGUUAAUAGUAG